AUGCUGGAGGUCCUGGUGCUGAAGAUUGAAGAUCCAGAUUGCUUUUGGGUUGCUAUAAAAGGAUGCAGUCCAUUUUUAGAUCAUGAAGUCGACUAUCAAAAACUAAAUAGUGCCAUGAAUGACUUCUAUAACAGCAUGCAUCAAAAUACAGAAAUAAAACCAUCGAUUUUGGAAGAAGGGCAAGUUUGUGUAGUCUAUUGUCAGGAGCUAAAGUCCUGGUGCAGGGCUGUUAUUCAAUCAAUCAUACCUUCAGCAGACCAUUACCUGGCCAGGUGUUUCCUUGUGGAUUUUGCCAAGUACAUUCCAGUAAAAUCUAAAAACAUCCGAGUUGCAGGAGAAUCUUUUAUGCAGCUUCCCUAUAGGGCGAAAAAAUUCAGGCUCUAUUGCACAAAACCUGUUACAUUACAUAUUGAUUUCUGUGAAGACAAUGCUGUAAUUGUACCUGCAAAGAAGUGGGACAGUGCUGCUAUCCAAUACUUUCAGAGUGUCCUGAAAGCAGCUACGCAGGUGCAGGCCAAAUUAUGUGCUGUGGAAAGUGAUACUUUUGAGGUUUACCUUUAUGUAACAAUAAAAAAUGUAAAAAUUUGUGUUAAUGAUGAUCUAGUUGCAAAGAACUUUGCCUGUUAUGUAUCAUCCGCAAAGAACAAAUUCUUUGAUUUGGAGAAAGCAAGAUUCAAUAUAAAGUCAGAAUCCUUUUCCAGCAAACUCAAUCCAGCACUUACUCUUUGGCCAAUGCUUUUGCAAAGAAAAGAUUUUCAAGGAACAAAAAAUUCACAUGAUUUAGAUUCUUUGGCACAGUCUCUCCAGCGCACAUGGUACAGGGGUGUUGGUGGUGACCUUGGUCCAGCUGCUGCAGUACUGGAUAAAGGAAUAAAAUGGGAUAUGGAUUUAUUGAGAGACUCAGCUAAAAACAACCCUGAACAGCAGCAACAGUGUGUCUCUUUAAAAGAUGCAAAUAAGUGUGUUGAAUCUUCAGCUUACUGGCCAAUAAAAAGAGGCAUAACCAUAUAUGCUGAUCCAGAUGUGUCAGCAGUAAGUGCUUUAAGUCAGAAGCCAAAUGAGAAACCACUAAGAUUAGCUGAAAAGAAAGAAUGUGAUGAGAAGAAUAGCUGUGUAAAAUUACUGCAGUUUUUAAACCCUGAUCCUUUGAGAGCUGGUGGAAUCUCUGAUCUACAGCAGUUGCAGAAGCUGAAGUCAGGCACAAAGCAGCCUGACAUAGUCCUCCGGAGCAAGAUUGAACCCUGCCUAACCAUUGACAGUUCACCACUAUCUGAAGACCUGAAAAAGGUGACCAUGCUCUUAUAUAUAAACUCAUGA